GAACUUCCCCGACUGCGCGGCUCUGCGUGAAACAAACGCUGCCAUAUCCUCUCCUCCCCGGCCGCCUCGCAGCUUUGCAUCUGAGGAUCGGAGCGACGAGGGCUGCGGUGGUGUCAAAAACAACACAAAAAUCCGACUUUUUUUUUUUUUUUUUUUUUUUCUAAAGAAAACAGUGACUCGAAUGAAGGGCUCAUGUCUGCUGUGUCAGUGAUGAUCGUGGAGCACAAGGCAUGGAAAGGAACAUUGGAGACCAGCUCAACAAAGCCUUCGAAGCUUAUCGCCAGGUCUCCAUCGAAAAGGACAAUGCCAAAAAGGAGCUGCAGAAAAUGACUGAAUAUUAUGAGCAGUACACUCAAGAACUUCAAAAGCAGAUUGAAGACCAGCAACGGCUGAUUUCUGAACUUGAAGCUAAGUUGUCAGCGACAAAGCAACCAUCAGGCGAGAUGACCUGUGAGCCUUGCAACCAUCUCCUCGAUGGAGCCAGCACUUAUAGGAAAAUACAGUAUCCGGAGAAUAUGGGCACUGUUGCUGUUGCUCCUAAUUUGCCAGUUAACAGCAGCGUUGACUAUCAGGAGAUGCUUGAGGCAUUUGAAGGCAUUCAAGGCAAAUUUCGAAAGAUCCAUUCUUUAACCAGAAGACAAAAAGAUCACCUGAAAAGAUUCCACAGAGGAACUGAUACAGCAAACGAUCAGCGGUUUUCAAUGCCCAUCCAGUGCACGGAUCGAACCGCAGAGGCAGAGGGACCCUUUCCUGCAGCGUUAAGGUCAGCGGCGGACGUGGCUCCCCUGCCUGCGUCUUUGGCGUCUCGUGGUGCCCAUCAGGAGGACAGCGAAUUGGCAUAUUCGAUCGGUAAACUUAGUGUCAAAUUCCCACCCUCUGCGGACAGUGAAUAUGAUUUCCUGCACAGCGCUCCGCAAGGAAACGUUGGCCUGGCAGUGCCGGCGAAUCGGCCUCCGUCUCCUACGCUGACGGAGGAGGAGUCGGAGGAACUGCCCAUGCCUUUCGUCUACCCCUCGUCCCCCUCCCACUCGACGUCCUCCUCACCUUCCCAGGAGAGCGUGCGGGGACCCCAGCAGUCUCUCUGGAGCCCGAGACUGAGUGAUGCAGUCGAUGUGAGGCAAGAGCCCGAGACGCCUCCGAGCAGCAGCCCGGAUAAAUGCGCUUUCUGCCAUGCCGAGGUUCCUCAGGACCGAAUGAACAGCCACCUUUACUCGCACUUCUCUCCUAAGAAUGAAGUCGACGAUUGACGGAGAAAAGCAGAGACUUGACUGGCUUAAAGUCGCAACUACUUCAAGACUUUUACUGUUUUUUUUCAUGGUCCGGUCCCGCUUGCCAGGAAAGCGGGACAAGCGCUGUACAGGAUUUAGAGAUGUCACUGCAAUAAGACUUGAAUUCAUUCAUUUAAUGUUGAAGAAUUAAAUGGUACACUUAUUUUCCCAUACUGAUGUUACAAUGAUGCCUGUGGUAUAUAUGAGCAAAUAAAAUAAUAUUUACUCUUUUGAAAAAUAUUAUCACUUGAAUUAUUUUCGACAAGACUAUAAAAUGUCGGUGUACUUUUAAAACUAUUCAAACAUAACUCAAAACUUUAAUUUGAAAGAGAUGGCUAAAUGACAAGAAAUGCUCCCUUUUGUGUUGUCUAUUAGACAUGCCAGCAGAAAUCCAUUAUCCAGAUAAAUGGCAGGUUCCUUUAAUGUCUGUCAAGUUAUACUUUUAUCCUUGCAAUAUUCAAGUGUUUCAUGUGGGCUAAUCUGUGUUAAUCAAUGCUGUUGAGUGAGUUAAGUCAUAAGAUGAAAAACUAAAUGAAAACGUCAACAAUUUCUUGAAAAGUUAAAGUGACUGAAAAGCACUGAGAGCAAUUUGUAAAUAACCUGUACUCGAUGUGAAAAAUUCCUAUUUUCCUAUUUUUUUGCCUUCAACUGAAGUGAAAAUGAAACAAAA